UUACCUGAUAGACAGUGUACCAAGAUAAUAAAGAAGAGAAGUCUGAUGGGAACAAGGAGAGGCUCUGGGGACUGGGCUAGGUUUCGGUUGCGCAUAGCUGUGCUCUCAGAAAAAGUGAUUGCAGAAGCUCUGAGGAUCACCCUGUACCAAAGAGUUUUCCUGAUCUGCAGAGAUACACCGUAUGGGAGCUGCAAAUGCUUUUCAGUAUCUACUACGAAGAAAAGUAUUGUGCUAAUUAAUCAGCUGUGGAGUGCUGCAUUGAAGACCCAGCAAUCUGGCGAGCAAGAUAUGUGCUAA